AUGCUGCUCUCAGCAUCAAUACGAACGUUCUUCUCCGCGAGCCUCGUGCUGCUCCUUGCAACCGCACAUUCGGCCCUAGCAUUCACCGUGACCAUCUCGGACAAGGAUGAGCUGCGACAGACAUGCUCCGGCAUGGUCGCAGGCGGGGACAGCCACAUUGAAGCAUACUUCCACAAAGGCUCCAUGGGCACCGUCGCCACCAUGUUUUAUGAAUUCGCCGACUUCGACAAGCUCGGCAAGUGGAGCAACGAGAAGGAUGCAUUUGGGUACCGGCUCAAGAACUACAUCUGCACGCCGAGCGUGGUGCAAGAGAAGCUGUGCAGUCAAGAGCAGCUCGGCAACUUUAUCGUGGAUGAGAGCACUGGCAAGGCCCCCACCGUGCAGCUGCAGAGGAUGGACUUUGGUGCGACCGGUUUGACCGAGGACAAGACGCUGCGCUACAAUGUCACCAAGACCGGAUACUACUGCUUCGGUGCGACCGAGGUGCCGCUCGUCUCUCUCGAGGCCGGUCCCUCUGGAACGGGCGACCUCUCGGUCCAUGCUUCCUUCGAUGGUCGUGUCGAAUUCUUCAACAAGUUCAAGGGCAAUCUCCCAGCGGCCGAAUACCCCAAGCUCAACUUCUACUUUGCCAUGACCGUCGCUUACAUCGCGCUCGGCGUCUACUGGCUCUCGCUGUGCAUCAAGCACAAGGACGAAAUGUUGACGGUCCAAUACUUUAUCUCGGGUACCAUCGCCUUUCUGGUCGUCGAGAUGGCGGCGCAGUGGAUGUAUUACUACUACCUCAACGCACACCUGAUCGACUUUUUCAGGAUCCGGGAGGUGAAUGGCAGUACAAGUGUCACGGCAGUAGCGAGGUUCUUGCUGGUCUUGACGAGCAUCCUGGACGCAGGAAGGAACUCGGUCUCUUUCUUCCUGCUGUUGAUCGUCGCUAUGGGAUACGGAGUCAUUCGGCCGUCGAUCGGACCCGUCAUGACAAGAGUGCGUCUGCUGACGGCGGCGCAUUUUGUAUUUGGUGUGCUCUAUUCGAUCGGCAUCGUUCUCAUCCAGCUCGAUCAAGGAGGAGCGUGGAUCUUUGCGUUCAUCUUCCCCCUCGCCAUGACCUUGACAGCCUUCCUCACGUGGAUCAUGAACUCGCUCAACCGCAGUAUCGAGUACCUCACCCAACGCAAGCAGACUUUCAAACGAUCCAUGUUUGUCAAACUCCAUCGUAUCUUGCUCGGCGCUGUCGUGGUGAUUUUCGCAUUCUUCAUCAUCUCUUCGAUCGCCUUCUCUCAAUCUGGUGGCGAAGGAUUUGCACCCAACACGUGGCAGUACCGCUGGUUCCUGCUCGACGGCUGGCUAGCGCUACUCUACUUUGCCGUCUUCUCGGCCAUCGCGUGGGUGUGGCGUCCAACCGGCAACAAUAUGCGACUCGCCAUGUCGGACGAACUCGCGACCGACGACGAUCCCAAUGCAGAGGGGUACGAGGUCGACACAUUUGCAGCAAGAGGACCGGAUGGUCCAGAUAGCGAGGACGAGGACGACGUCGAGGCGAAAGGAACUUCGCAAGGUAGGGGAGCGGCACGAGCACAGCCGAACAGCGAUGUGGUGUUCGAGAUUGGGGAUGAGGAGGACGAGGCUGAUCAGAGCAAGGAUGCGACGAGGACGGGGCGGAGUGGGGGAGGGUCGGGAGGAGGAGAGAGGCAGGGCUUGAUGAGAGGGAGCGCAAACAACUCGGAGGAGACGCUCGUGCCCGGAAAGAGACGGGCGGAUAAGAACGAUUGA